AUGCAAAAGAAGGACAUGUCUGCCAGAAACGAGUUCGGCAUCGCCACACUGUCCCUCGGCAACUGGCGGGAGCAUAAACUAACCCCACGACUCGAAGCAGCAGCCAAUGCUGGAUUCAAAUGGAUCGAGCUCUUUGACGAAUGCUGGGCUGCUUACUUGGAAGAGCAUGGCCUCUCGGGCAACCAACGCUGGGAGCCUACAGAGGACAAUCUUAGACUAGCCCGGAAGCUGGGCGAACUGGUGAAAUCAUUAGGGAUGAAAGUCGCAUGUACACAGCCUGCGCGUCAAGUGGAAGGUAUCAAGGACCCAGUGGAGCGGCGACAGAGCCUUGAUAUCGUAGCCAAGCGAUUUCCAUUCAUGCGGGCCUUUGAUACGGAUCUCGUGCUCAUGUGUGCCAAUAUUAGGACUGACAGUGGUGUCACCACCGAUCCCAAGACUGCUGCCAAGGAUCUAGCUGAGCUUGGGGAUAUGGCCACCGAAUUUUCAAAGGCUGACGGUGGCCCAAUGCUGAGAAUUGGAUAUGAAGGGCUGGCAUGGGCAACGAGAAACAACACUUGGUCAUCGUCAUGGGAAGUGGUGCGAUUCGCCAAUAGACCCAAUGUCGGCUUGAUUCUGGACGCCUUUAAUAUCUUGGCCGUGGAGUUUGCAGAUCCCUAUAAUCCGGCAGGCCAUGGCAGAAUAUACCCAACUAUUGAGCAGUCGAUUGAGGUUCUCACUGCAUCCCUUGCCAGCCUUGUUGCUACAGUGCCGGGUGACCGGAUCUAUUUAUUCCAGUGUGGCGAUGCCGAACUAAUUGAUCCACAGCGACUGAAACAGCAACUUGAAGAAAAUUCAACGAUGCCUGCACUCCUGCCAUGGUCGAGAGCACAUCGAUUGUUUCCGUGUGAAGCAUCAAAAGGGGGUUAUAUGCCUGUCGAACUAGUUGUUGCGGCCAUUGUCGCUACCGGCUAUACCGGACCUAUCUCUCUGGAGGUUUUCAAUCAUUCUUUGAAUCUACCAGGCGACGAUAUUCCUAUAACCCAUGCACAGCGUGGGAUUAUGGGGCUUGAGAAACUUAUAGAGAUUGUGCGAACAAUGCCGCGGUUUUGGCACACACCAGCUAGUAUUUCAAGGGAGACAGUGAGAACUCCAGCUUUCAAGGACUUUCGUCAAAGCUAG